CAGCAACGAACGAGUGCACGAUUUUCGGCACGCGGUCGAGCGCAAACCAAUCACAGACGCGUGACAGAAAGAAUCCGUCGUCGCCGGCGUUAAUACUGCUCGAUAAUCGCGACAUCGCCCAUCAUCAUUCGUGGAUUAGCUCUCGUACCAGUCGGGUCGGGUCAAAGAGUCUGUACAAGGAAUUAUAUCGCAGUCGCGGCCGCGUUUCAUCAUUAUAUACUCGGCAUCGAAGCCCAAUCAGCGAGUGUCAGUGCUAUCUCAGCGGCCAAGGUCAACCCUCGAACACGCGUCGAUUACGCUGAUAACGUAUGAGUGAGUGGAUAAAGACUUUUUAACAUCGUCCUAUUGCACGUGAUACGACUCGUUAUAAAAGAUGGUACGUACGCGGAUAAAUUCCGACGUCCAGUGUAAACAAGCCGAGUGAGCCCGCAGGACACUGCGACCUGCAAAAGUGCUGACUGUAUCGACCAGCGGUUUAUGACGUUCAUGUAUUCGUGCAGUCACUGUACAGUAGAUCGCCCAACGAAUUAGCCACGAUGGAGCGCCGACCCGAAAACAGCAGCGCUAAAAUUGCCGAAAAAUCCAUGAGCUGCCUGACGACGAAACUACUCUUCAGAGUCCACUACUUGAUUUCGUCCGAUUCGGACACGGACUACAGCGAUUUUGACAAUUUCGCCGAUCUCUGGAGAAAUGGAUUCGAUCGUAGCGACGUUUGCAGUCGUAAAACUUUGGAGAGCUGGUUGGAUUACAUGCAGUCGAACGGCGGCAUCGACAACUGGAAAAACACUCAUCCGUGUUUUCUUUUGAAUAAUCUCACCUUGGCUGCUUACUUGAUGAAGAGUCAAUUUACCAAUUUGUCGCGUAAGCUUUUCAAUGAUGUCAGAUUUUCUACGGCCGAUGUCGAGCAAAUUCUCGACGAUUUACAUAUAACUGAUGAUUCGUCGAAAAAGUACUCCAAUGCGAUCCUCAGUAUAUCGCGAAAACCUAUAACGGAGGAGAUUGUAAACAACAUUUUUGAACCGUAUAAAAUAAGAUUCAUGAGAGAGGGAGAAAACAAUUCCAACGUCAUCGAGCCUGCUGAGCCUUCGUUGCGAGACAUCAAGGAUAAGCUGAAAAAAAUCCUAGAUGAAGCAGAGGCAUCGGAUGACGAAGAAGGGAGUUUUGUUACAGACGAGGAAUCUGAAGUGUACAUACAAGUACAAGAAUCUGAAGAAUACAAAACAGUACAAGAAGUGAUUCUAAAAUUUUCCAAAGAGAAACCUGAUAAUGAAUGUGAUCUGCGAAAGUCCCUUUUGAACAUUAUCGCCACCUCGACAAGACUUCUCGCACUUCUAGCAGACACUCAUAAUCAGGAAAGUACUAGUUCUGGGACAAAAACCAAAUCAAGAAAGCGGCAUAAAUCUUAUGAAAUUGAGAAUUCUUUAUCAUGCGAAAAUGAAGUUAUUAUGAAAAAGAAAAAAGGGCAUUCUAUGCCAAAAAGAUAUAGUAUAAAGGAACUAAUACCAAGAGUAAUAAUUGAAAGAAUCGAUCCCAGAAGGAUAUCUCAAGAAAAAUCAAGAGAUUUGUCCCUUCAUGAUAAUGCUAAAAAUACAAAGAAUAACACAAGAUCUGACACUGAAAGUUCACAAGACAUACAAUUUCUCCAAGAAAGUUCUACUCUAACGCUUGGAAAUAAUGAAGAAACCCACAAAAAUGAAUUGAGCAACGACAUUGAAAUAGAAUUUGAGUGCAAAAAUGUGAAACCCACUGUAACUUCAUUUGUAUCUCAAAAUUUAAACAUAAGUAUUGACUGUGAACCCAACAACCAAAAUGAAAAAAUUCCACAGCUGCAAUUGGUAGAAAAGAGCGAUAAAUAUGUCAAAAGCAAGGUAACUUCAAAAAGUACUCUCAGAACUAUUAGGAAUUGGACCAGUCGAAAACGUCACAAAUGUGAUACAUGUAAAAAGAAGUUUAAGUCAAAAUUUACACUUGAUAAUCAUAUUAAUAAAAUGCAUAAAGUUAUUACUCUCCCAUGCGACUCAUGUGGAAAAACAUUUACAAGGGAGGAUUAUCUCAACAAUCAUAUUGAUUCUGUACAUAAAGGAGUAACUUACCCAUGCGAAUUGUGUGAUAAAAUAUUUAAGCUAAAGCAUACUCUCAAAUAUCAUCAAGAUUUUGUUCACAAUGUCCAGAAAUCGCAGAAUUGUAAUACACACAAAACGACAUUUGCACAGAAGUGUCCAAAAUCAUUUAACUAUAAGAAUAAUCUGUCUUCCAACAUCAAUACUGUGCAUGAAAGUAAAAAUUACCCAUGCAAUUUGUGCCAAAAAGUAUUUAGAACUAAAUUCGGUCUCAAAGAACAUAGUAAUUUCAUGCACAAUGGUAUUGGUCACCCAUGUAACCUAUGUGGAAAAUCAUUUUCAGGGCAAUACAAGCUUAAACGCCAUAUAAAUGGAGUACACUAUGGUAUAAGACAAUGAUGCUUGUAAGGACUUGCAUAUGGGCGCAAUAAUGCAUAAUAAUCUUAAACCUGCACAAAUCAAAUUAAAAAACAAAGCUUCUUUGAAGUAUAGUGCACUGCUAGUAACAAUUUAAGUUAAUCACUAAUUUUUUGCAUGUAUAAAUUCAUUGUUGAAUCAUUAAAUCUAAGUAUGUAUGUAUA